AUGAAGUUCCUCGCCGUCGUCGCCGCUCUUUCGUCCUUCGCCGCCGCCGGCACUGUCGGCGAGAGGUCGGCUUAUGAAUGCACUCCCGGCACCUACCAGUGCCUGGAUCAGUCCGGGUGGCAGGUCUGCGACGUGAGCGGCAAAUGGGUCUUUGCGGGCAAUUGCCCUCCCAAGACCGUCUGCAGAUUCUACGAACCGAGCAAGAGCCCCUACUGCAUUCCUCAUGACCCCGGCUACUCUCACUAA